CCUCUUCCUGAAAGCAACACAGCUCAGAGAGACAGGAAGUAGAGACACACAGAAAGAGGAGAGGGGGAAAGAGAGAGUCAGAGAGAGAGAGAAUACUUUUCCUGUCACCUAACUUUUUGUAAACUGUGCUGGACUAGAGUGUGAAAAAUAAAGAUAGAGGGGAACACAGUGUGAGAUAGAAAAAGGAGAUUGAGAACGGAUCCAAGGACAUGGAGGAGUUCUCAGGCUACCAACAUGGAUUGUUCCAGUGGAGUUGUGUGUGACUGACGCAGGAGGUUGCUUUGAAGGACUUUAGGAAAGAGUUUGGAGUCCGAACGACUGAAUGAUGAAAACAGCUGUUCUCUCUCAGGAGACCGGAACAUCUACUGGGGUGAAUGCUGAGCCUCGCUCCCCACCUAGACCCCCCAUCACCCCUACCUCAUCUUCAGGAUCAACAGCACCAUUCCCCCCUCCCAGACCUGCCCUCUCCCUUCCCCCGACUCUCCCCUCCAAACCCUCCCCACCCCCUGAACCAACUCCCUCACCUCCACCUGUCUACCUGGACUCAUCCCCCCUCCUCCCUUCACCCCUCAUACCCUCCUCACCAUCCUCACCCACACUGCCCUUUCAUUCAGCUUCUGAAUUGCUCCCUUCUCAAAUUGACUUGGCCAUUGAUGCCACUGACACAACUGAUGUCUCUGAUGUCACUGAUGCCACUGUCCCAAAGGAAUGUACUCCCCCCUUAUCCAGACCCCUAGUCCCCGAUGUCCCGGAGAUCUCUGCUUCCACCCUCGUCACAUCACUACCCCCUCAAGUCUUAGAGACAUCUACUCCCCCCCUCCCCACACCUGUACCUCCUCAAGUCUCAGAGCCCUCUACACUCCCCCUUCCUGACAUCCUGGAUGUCUCUGCUCCUCCCCUCCCCUUACAUAUGUCCUCUUCAGUCCCAGAGCUCUCCUCUUCAGAACCAACCCUACCAGCAGCUUCAUCUCAGCCAGUCCCAAAGCCCUCAUCUAUGCUCCUCUCUGCUCCCAUUGUAACUCCCAUCUCAAAACCCUCCUCACUUCCUCUCUCUUCUCCCCACAUACCUCCUAUAGCAAAACCCCCACUUUCCACUCCCCCCAUUCAUCCUAUCUCAAAUCCUUCCGUACCUCCGUCUGCCCCUGUUCCUUCUUUCUCAAGGUUCUCCUCACCCCCUCUUCCUAGACCCUCACCACCGCGAAAACUCUCUGGACCACCCCAGCCGAGACCCCCCGUACCUCACCCUCACUCGAUAGCCAAACCCUCCUCUCCAGCUCUCCCCAGACCCCCACUUCCACCCAUGAAGCGCUCCUCUCCCCCUCUACCCUCCCCACUAGUCCCUCUUGUUCCCAAGCCCGCCCCAGCUUCGGCCUCCUCGCCAGCCCCAUCACCAACCCAAGCCACAGCCCCACGACCUAGCAUCAGUAUCCUGGAGAAACUGAUCAAAACUUGCCCGGUGUGGUUGCAGCUGGGUAUGGCCCAGGACAGGACCACACUCAUACUGAAGAAAGAAAUCCCUGGGAUAUUUUUAGUGCGUAAAAGCCCCGACCAGAAAUCCAUGGUGCUGUCAGUAUGUGUGUCUAACCAGCAGGGGGAGCCUCAGGUCCAGGACGUUCUGGUUAAAGAGGAGAAGUCAUUGAUAUACCUGGAAGGGUCUGUUCUGGUCUUUGACAACAUAUUCAAACUCAUCGCCUUCUACUGUGUCAGCCGGGAUAUUCUACCCUUCACUCUGAGGUUGCCUCAGGUCAUCGUCCAGGCAACCAAGUAUGAAGAUAUAGAGAUGAUAUCGACGUUAGGCUCAGAUUUCUGGGGUUCUCAGCUUAACAGCUCCUCAAAAAUGGUCAAACGUGACAACCAGGGUCAGGGCCACAGCAGUUCCUCCUGUGAGAUCCAGCUGUCCACCGGGAAUAGUAAUGACUGUCUGUGGUACAUCAACCCCAUCUUCAUCGAGGAGUACUGCAGCAGCCUGGAGGCCUCCACCCCGACCCCAGCUCCCAUCCACAGGAGCCAGAGUCUGAACACCCCAGGCCCAGGGCAGGGGCAAGGGCAGGUACCCCACAAGUUCAAACGACCCCCACCCCGGCCCCCAAACAUCCCAGAGGGCUUGAUUCUGUCACAGGGGGCUAAGCAGGGUGCCAGAGGGGAAAGUGUCUCCCCCAGGUCUCCACCCCCACCGCGAAUAGUAAUAGCCAAGGCAGCAGGGCAGAAAGGGGAAGGAGACAGCAGCAAAGACAGUGGGGAUGGAGAGGGAGGUGCUUCUCAACUCGUCUCGGAGAGAGAGGUGUGGGUUACUGUUACUGACUCAGUAGCAGCUACUCAGCCUCUACAGGCUCUGUCACCGCACGGAGCAACAGCAGGACAGAGACACCCAGCACCGCGACCACCCCCACACAGGAUACCACUCGUGCCCCUACGGCCGAAACCCUCACAGAAGCGUCCCCCAAUCCCGGGACAGGAGGGCGGUGUUGGCCCAGUGCCUGUUGCUUCACUGGUCUGCAUCGAUGACACCACUAACAUGGCAGAGGAGAAGUUAGGAGUGGAACCCCCUGCUGGUGAGACAGAGACACUGCAGAACAAAGGGACAUCAGAGGCUUCAAACAUCAGUGAGGUUGUUACCGUGGCUACAGCCCUGCUGACAAAAAGGGCCGCACCUCCAGUCCCGCCUCCCAGGAAGAAGAAACCCUCUCAGGCCACGCCCACCACACCUCUCUCCCGAAACGUGAUAGGCGGAGGACUUCUGUCAAUCAAUUCAUCAUCGGAUACCCCCCAGACCUCCAGCACCCCCUCGCCUGCCCGGAGGCCGACCUCCGUCCCCGUGGGGGAGGCCAAGGAGGCCAGGGGGGCAGAUGUGUCCCUGUACUCCCCUGAUGGUGAAGCUGCCUUCCCUACCCUGGACCAUGACUCCUACUCUACCAGCAGUACAGAGGAGGAGGCUGACACUGUGGCCAGCGGGGCUGUAGGAGCCGGUGGGACCAACAACACCAAGGUGUUGAUGAAGAGGAACCGUACCAUCAUGCUGGAUCGAGCCAAGCACCGCCUCUCCAGCGUGUUCACUAACUUCAUGAGCACCGACCACAAGCUCCAGAGGAGAAUCCUAGAGCUGUCCAGAGAUGGGAGCUCCUACUUCGGGACCCUGGUGAAGGACUACAGGGUGUAUAUCCUGGAGACCAUGGGGAAGCACAGCUCCAGCACUGAGAUGCUGCAGGAAAUCAGGCAGAUGAUGACCCAGCUGAAGAGUUACCUUAUCCAGAGCACUGAGCUACAGAACCUACUGGAGCCUAAUGUCUACACAGAGGACAAACUAGAGGUGAUUAUUGAGGCUGCCCUGUGUAAGGCUAUGCUGAAGCCUCUGCAGGAGGCUGUGUAUUCAGGCCUGAAAAACAUCCACGCCAGGGACGGCUGUCUGAAGAGACUGAGGGAGAACCAGAGUGUCGUCCUGGGUACCACCACCACAGAACUGGGGAUCACCACCAGCAUCCCAGAGACCCCUGUCAUGGAGAAGAUCCAGCUGAAGUUGAUGACCCUCCACCAGGAGUACUCCCCUCAGAAGAAGAUUGAUCUGCUCCUUAAGACCUGCAAGAUCAUCUAUGAAUCCAUGUCUAUAGGCUGUCCAGCAGGGAGGGCCCAUGGUGCAGAUGACUUCCUCCCGGUGCUGAUGUACGUCCUGGCCAGGAGCAACAUGGCCUUCCUGCUACUGGAUGUAGAGUAUAUGAUGGAGCUGAUGGACCCUGCACUGCAGCUAGGAGAGGGCUCCUACUACCUGACGACUAUGUAUGGAGCGUUGGAGCACAUAAAGAACUAUGACAAGCAGGUUGUGACACGGCAGUUCAGUCUGGAGAUCCAGGACUCUAUCCACCGCUGGGAGAAGAGACGCACCCUGAACAAAGCCAGCGUGUCACGUUCAUCUGUACAGGACUUCAUCAACGUGUCGUUCCUGGAGGUGGGGUGUAACACUAAGACGCUGGGGGUCCACCCCAACACCACAGCCCAGGACCUGUGUUCCCAGUGUGCUGUCAAGUUUGAGGUGGCAGAGCCAGAGUCCUACAGCCUGAGUGUGCUGGUGGAGGGCCACCAUCAGCUUCUGGCCCCUGAGGAGUUCCCCCUCACUAUCAAGUCCAGUCUUCACCACAGUGAGCCCCACAAGGAGUACUACUUUGUCUACCGGCCUGGAAGGACAGAGUCAGAAGGACAGGAGGCAGAAGGACAGGACGCAGAAGGACAGGACGCAGAAGGACAGGACGCAGAAGGACAGGAGGCAGAAGGACAGGAGGCAGAAGGACAGGAGGCAGAAGGACAGGAGGCAGAAGGACAGGAGGCAGAAGGACAGGAGGCAGAAGGACAGGAGGCAGAAGGACAGGAGGCAGAAGGACAGGAGGCAGAAGGACAGGAGGCAGAAGGACAGGAGGCAGAAGGACAGGAGGCAGAAGGACAGGAGGCAGAAGGACAGGAGGCAGAAGGACAGGAGGCAGAAGGACAGGAGGCAGAAGGACAGGAGGCGGAGAGCGAGGAGCCUGCUCCCGCAACCGAGCCAGAGCCUGAGGAGGAGGAGAGUCUGAUGGAGAUAUGA